AUGAUACCCUCGCAGGUCAAUUUCACAACAGCCCUGGCUGCCGCUUUCAAAAGCAAAAACGAUGAUGCCACUGCCUUGCUGGAAGAGAGAUUGCUGGAUGUGAUCUGGACGCUAGACCAUCAUUUGGCCCCGGACGAUGAUCAGGAAACUUUCUCGGAACAGCGCACUCGUCUGGUUUCUGUGGUGAGCGACUUGAAGGAUUUGGGAGUCCUAACUGAAUCCAGAAUGAAGAGUCGAUUGGAAACGGGCUUGCUGGUCAAGACCGGAACUGUGCCAAAUGUUGUUUAUUUUUCGAAGUCAAUUCGGAUUGCACGCACAAAGAUGUUUUACAAGCAGAACAAGUAUAAUCUGUGCCGAGAGGUCGCCGAGGGCUAUAGUCGUCUGGUGGAUGAGCUCAUACCGGGUGUGGCCGACGGCAAUGUCCAGAAACAAGCACAGGUGACUGUGAACAACAUCCACAAGAUCAUCGGAUUCUUCAGUCUAGACCCCAACCGCGUGGUGGAAGUCAUCUUCAGUUGUUUCGAGGAAUUGGUGGAUGACGAGGCGUACUCCAAGUUCUAUCUGGAGAUUAUCACCGUGUUCAACGCCACCAAAGACACCUUGACCGCCCUACUGGGCUUCAGAUUCAAGUCAGUACAAACGGCCAUUGCCGAGCUGGUGAUUGAUGAGAAGACUCCUGUGCCCGCAGAAGGACUCACUCCUCGCAAUCUGUAUCGAAUUGCUGCACUGAUGGUGAAGCAUGAUCUGGUGGAUAUGAUCAGGUUGUGGGACUUUCUUAUCCCCGAGGACAAAUCUAUGGUAGAGGUGCAGAAAGAACGCCGAGAGACUAUGAUGAAAGCAUCCGCCCAGAUAUUGGUUAUUGACCUGAGCAGAACUGGCGGAGAUGAAGACUACAAUAUUGAAGUAGCGAAACGACAGGAUUUGGAUGACUAUAAGCGUCAAACGAAACGGAAAGAUAUCAUCUACUACCGCAACAACCAGAAACUAAACUUUAUACACCAUAUGAUAGUAGUCCAGGACAUGCGGUCAUUCUCGCGAUUGCUGACGCGUGUGCCUCUGGAGUUGUUGACUUCCUCGCCAGAAACUAUCGAUGCACUUUUGAAACUACUGCACGUCGCGAUAGAGCCCAUCUACAGACCACUGCAGCACUCCUGGAUGCAAAAGUCGAUGAAGAACGCGCACGUGGCCGCACUAUACAAAGGCGUCGUGCGAUUGCAGAAAGAAGGAAAGGGUAUUGCCGUGUGCAGGAAACUGACAGACCUGCUGGACCACGUGUACCCCAUCCUCGCACGCAUUGGCUGUCACGUGUACACAGAUGUCCUGUUCAUCACCAAACUAGCACGGCUAACCAAGAGGGUGUAUGAGGUGUACGCCGAUAGCGUGGACGAGAAGGCGAAACACGAUGCGGAGUAUGUAGCUCCCACGCAAGCGGAGAAGGACAGGUUGGAGGCACUCUGGACUGAGACCAGGAAUAUUCUUACGCGGGUUGUACUAUCGUCCAUGUCGUUGAAACCCGGCAACCCUGGGCUCAACGAGGAAGUGUAUGCCGUCGUCAGUAAACUGCCCUACGAAACACGCUACACAAUAUACGCGUCGUGGCUGGAUAUGUACACUGUCACUCCACUCUUGUUGCAACAAAAGAACUGGUGCAUCUUCGAGGCACGCAGAGCGCUCAAAAGACUAACGAAGGAGAACCCCAAUGAGACGGGCAGAGUGCUGUGUAAGAUCGCGCACAGUAACCCGUUUACGGUGUUCCAUGAGGUGAUGGACAAAGUUUCGUCGUACACAAACUUCAUUGAACCGCUGAUUGAGGGGUUCAGCACACUCACAGACCUGGAUAAGGACAUCUUGACAUUCUGUGUCAUCGUCCACUUCCGCGAUACGCGCAAGAAACGAAUGGAGGUGAUGAUGCCUGCGCUCAAAGCCAUCUCGACAUUCUGUGGCAUGCUCUACAACCGCAUGUGGGCUACGGAUUUCUCGUCCCUGCUAUACUACGUGGCUGGGCAAUUAUCCAGGAAUGACGUGCUCGAUCUGGGCCUGCUGAAAGCCCUCACGGAACACAUGGCGGGUGUGGAGAGCACUGACAACCUCAACGAGGAACAGAUGGAAUGCCAAUGCGGCGGUCUACGUCUACGAAUAGAGGGGGGCACGUGGAUCAAGCAAGACUCGUCCCAGCUGCGCUUGGUAGGUAAACCGACGGUACGGCUGCUAGAGGAGCUGUCGCACACGGGGUUGGUGAUGCCUCUGAUUCUGCUGAUUGAGGCCAGAAAACGCGAUCUGCUGCAGCUCAAGGAACCUGCCGAGAAAAAACGGCGCAUAAACGAUGAGAAGACUGCGGCCGACCUGUACGACAUCUGCCAUGACUCACUGCUGCAACUGAUUGAGCUGCUGCAGCGAUACCUACCAGACACUGAAUACGACGCCAUCAUCCCUUCCUUUGAAACACUGGCUGUUGAACACGGUCUGAGCAUGGAGGUGGCCUUCCUGCUCCACCGUCCUAGGAUUGCCCGUGAGAUCGGCAAGCGUUUACUGAUACUGGCCAACGGAGAGACAAAUUCCACCAAACUGAUGGUAUUCAACGCCCAAGCCUUCGAGGAGAUUACUGAGCCAUACGCAGCUCUGAUUGAAAAGCAGUACCCCGAUCAAUGGGAACACAUCACUCCGCGGCUGUACGUGUCGUUCUGGGCAAUGAGUCAAUAUGAUCUCAAGGUGCCUACAGCCGCCUAUGAGAAGAUCAUCAAGAAGAUGAAGGAAUCACUCAGUGACCCCUUCUCAGAUGAGAUCAAGAAGGAGUACUCGCAGAUGGCGAGGAACAAAAUCAAGAAGGUCAAUAAACAACGAUUGGAUCUUCUGGAGAAGGAAUUGAAAGAGCACCAAACCAACCAGAAACUUGUACUAUAUCGCUUGAGAAAGGAGCUGCCCAAGUACUUCAAAGAUGGCUGCGGACAGGCCGGUGUAGACGCUUACAUUCAAAUGUGCGUUAACCCACGCCAGCGCUUCGGUCCCAUUGAUGCGCUGUAUUGUGCGGAAUUCACGCGGUUGCUACAUGCGCAGAGCGCGCCUAACUUCGCGACGCACGCGUAUUUGAACCAGAUUUUGGCUGAUCCCAAAGGCACGAUCAGCUCAAGCACACCGAAUCAGGCCCAGCGCUAUAGUAGAUUUCUCUGGCACACCUUGAAGUGGAUGAACCACUGGACCAAGGAUAAGGGUACUUUCCUGAAGGAGUGCAGCAUGUCUCCUGGUUUUAAAUCUUUGAAGUCGGAGGGCCGGGUGAGCUUCCUGGAGUUUCAGAACCAGAUAUAUCGCUUACAAUCUGAGGUGUUGGCAAACAGUUUCUACGAUCUGAUCAAUUCACCGGACAGGAUAGAUAACCGAAAUGCUCUACAAGUAUUGCAAGCACUUUGUCCACAAAAACUAGUCCCAGUAUUCCCCGUGCUCGCUUCUGUGGGAAAGAAAUUGAGCAAAUUGGCUGGACAACACAAAGAAAUUGACAGUCUCAGCGCUACCGUAACUGCUUAUCAGGGUUUAAUUGAGUAUCAUGAAAGGCAGAAAUUCUACAUGACCCCAGAAGCUUUGGGCCAACCCGCCAAAUCAUCUACGUCUACUGAUAGUUCUGUCAAAGCGCAGCAGAAUACUUCGAAGACUGUCAAGGGGAAGUCCGCCAAAAGCACAACGCAGACAGACUCAAAGACGGGGGCAGUCACAGGCAGCGGGAGUGGGGUAGGCAAGCAACAGAGCAGUGCUGCGAAGCAAGAGGGAAGCACGCCCAAACAACAGGCGACUUCGACCAAAGUGCAAGACAUUGAUACCACAAGGCAUAUGGGUGAGAGUAUGGCGAAGGGGCAGCAAGGAAGUACAGCGAAGACUACGGGAGGUGGUGCGAAACCAACCGGAACUGGGGGGAAAGCUAAGGCAAACACGGAUAUGCAGCCCACAAUAAAAGUUCAGACACCUCAGCCUGAACCUCCCACCAGUCAGCAGAACUCCGGUCGACAAGCCCAGGACGAGCGCUCACCACGACAACACCAACACACUUCCAAUGUAUCUACUACGUACAGUGACGACAGAAAGAGCGGGCACAGAAGCCCCCUCCUCAGUGCAGGUGGCCACGACAGAGGGGCAAGUACCCAUGAAAGAGUGUCUAUCUCACACGAAAGGGGAGGCAGAGGCAGUGCUAUGCGUGACCGUGACAGUGGAGGUAGGGGCGAGAAGAGAACGUAUGAUUCCAUCAGUGGGUAUGCUGACCAUCCCAGCGGCUAUUCUGACCUUAAUACCAGUCGCGCUGGUUCCAUGGGGCGUGGUCCCAGUGCGACUUAUGAUGGGGACGAUGACCGGUACACAGAGCGCCGCGGAGACUCGAGGGCAAGGUCAAGGGGUCCUGAUAGGAAUGACCAUCGCCUGGAUGCGAAUGGCGGCGGCACACACAGUUACGACGACCGUGGUGAUCGCAAUCGCGGUAGCAGUCGGGGAAGGGAUCGUGACAGAUCCACUGACAGGAAUAAUAGCGCAGCCCCCACCAAGGAGCAACAACAGCAACAUCACCAUCAACAGCAGCGCAUGAACAACAACCAUAACAACAACACGCAUGCGGGUAUGGGCAGGGGGGAUGGUAGUGACGGCGGCAGGAAGCGAGACGCGGACGCUAUGGGACAGGGCUGGGAUCGAAGCCCAAAGAGGAGCAGGCGCACACCAGAUAACCUGUUGGACAAUGACGGUCGACCCAUGCGCGACAGAGGCGGUGGGGGUGGGGGAAAUAGGAAAGACCGGUUAGAUAUGGACAGACAUGAUGGCCGACAAGGUGCGCCGGGCAGUGGCCAUGGCAACACACGCAUGGUAAUGAACACCGGCAACGAAGGCGGGGCUGGGCGUGGGGGGUUUGGCAAUGGUACUGGCGGCAAGCGUAAGGAUAAGGAUGGGCGGCAGAAAAAACGGAACAAAUACAACGAUUAAAUUAUCCCAGCAACUGAGCGAGUACCAUAGACGUGGAAAAACUUCGCACUGUGAUAACAUCAGCGACUGCAAAAUAAAUAAUGUGAC